AUUACUGAAUUCGAAAGUACUCGAAAAAUGCAAAUAUUUGUAAAGACAUUGACAGGAAAGACGAUUACGUUGGAGGUGGAGCCUAGUGAUACUAUUGAGAAUGUGAAAGCGAAGAUCCAAGACAAAGAAGGUAUUCCUCCUGACCAACAACGUUUGAUAUUCGCUGGUAAGCAGUUGGAAGAUGGACGUACUCUGUCUGACUACAACAUCCAGAAAGAGUCGACUCUGCAUCUUGUCCUUCGUCUACGUGGUGGAAUGCAAAUCUUUGUGAAGACGUUGACUGGUAAGACGAUCACGUUAGAGGUUGAGCCUAGUGAUACUAUUGAGAAUGUGAAAGCGAAGAUCCAAGACAAAGAAGGUAUUCCUCCUGACCAACAACGUUUGAUAUUCGCUGGUAAGCAGUUGGAAGAUGGACGUACUCUGUCUGACUACAACAUCCAGAAAGAGUCGACUCUGCAUCUUGUCCUUCGUCUACGUGGUGGAAUGCAAAUCUUUGUGAAGACGUUGACUGGUAAGACGAUCACGUUAGAGGUUGAGCCUAGUGAUACUAUUGAGAAUGUGAAAGCGAAGAUCCAAGACAAAGAAGGUAUUCCUCCUGACCAACAACGUUUGAUAUUCGCUGGUAAGCAGUUGGAAGAUGGACGUACUCUGUCUGACUACAACAUCCAGAAAGAGUCGACUCUGCAUCUUGUCCUUCGUCUACGUGGUGGAAUGCAAAUCUUUGUGAAGACGUUGACUGGUAAGACGAUCACGUUAGAGGUUGAGCCUAGUGAUACUAUUGAGAAUGUGAAAGCGAAGAUCCAAGACAAAGAAGGUAUUCCUCCUGACCAACAACGUUUGAUAUUCGCUGGUAAGCAGUUGGAAGAUGGACGUACUCUGUCUGACUACAACAUCCAGAAAGAGUCGACUCUGCAUCUUGUCCUUCGUCUACGUGGUGGAAUGCAAAUCUUUGUGAAGACGUUGACUGGUAAGACGAUCACGUUAGAGGUUGAGCCUAGUGAUACUAUUGAGAAUGUGAAAGCGAAGAUCCAAGACAAAGAAGGUAUUCCUCCUGACCAACAACGUUUGAUAUUCGCUGGUAAGCAGUUGGAAGAUGGACGUACUCUGUCUGACUACAACAUCCAGAAAGAGUCGACUCUGCAUCUUGUCCUUCGUCUACGUGGUGGAAUGCAAAUCUUUGUGAAGACGUUGACUGGUAAGACGAUCACGUUAGAGGUUGAGCCUAGUGAUACUAUUGAGAAUGUGAAAGCGAAGAUCCAAGACAAAGAAGGUAUUCCUCCUGACCAACAACGUUUGAUAUUCGCUGGUAAGCAGUUGGAAGAUGGACGUACUCUGUCUGACUACAACAUCCAGAAAGAGUCGACUCUGCAUCUUGUCCUUCGUCUACGUGGUGGAAUGCAAAUCUUUGUGAAGACGUUGACUGGUAAGACGAUCACGUUAGAGGUUGAGCCUAGUGAUACUAUUGAGAAUGUGAAAGCGAAGAUCCAAGACAAAGAAGGUAUUCCUCCUGACCAACAACGUUUGAUAUUCGCUGGUAAGCAGUUGGAAGAUGGACGUACUCUGUCUGACUACAACAUCCAGAAAGAGUCGACUCUGCAUCUUGUCCUUCGUCUACGUGGUGGAAUGCAAAUCUUUGUGAAGACGUUGACUGGUAAGACGAUCACGUUAGAGGUUGAGCCUAGUGAUACUAUUGAGAAUGUGAAAGCGAAGAUCCAAGACAAAGAAGGUAUUCCUCCUGACCAACAACGUUUGAUAUUCGCUGGUAAGCAGUUGGAAGAUGGACGUACUCUGUCUGACUACAACAUCCAGAAAGAGUCGACUCUGCAUCUUGUCCUUCGUCUACGUGGUGGAAUGCAAAUCUUUGUGAAGACGUUGACUGGUAAGACGAUCACGUUAGAGGUUGAGCCUAGUGAUACUAUUGAGAAUGUGAAAGCGAAGAUCCAAGACAAAGAAGGUAUUCCUCCUGACCAACAACGUUUGAUAUUCGCUGGUAAGCAGUUGGAAGAUGGACGUACUCUGUCUGACUACAACAUCCAGAAAGAGUCAACCUUACAUCUUGUUCUGCGCCUACGUGGAGGCAUGUGAUUUCUGUUGAAGUAAAAUUAGAAAAUAAAUUUUAGUUUGAUUUUAUUUCUC